UGUCUUACAUUUCUAACAACAUGACCAGCACUGUGGUCUCAGGAGGACUGUGGACUUUGGUGGCACGUGCUCAGUUCAGAGCAAACCGUCUAGACCACAACAGAACACUCAGCUGCAACAGCACAUUCAACGGCAAAUCUAUAUAUAGUACAACUGUUAUGCUCAACAUCUUAUUCCCCCCCUCCAUCCUGAUGAAUUCAACAUGCUUUGUGUCAGCUGGAGGUGUCCAGUGCGUGUGUCGAGCAGAAGCAGAGCCCCAAGCUAACAUCUUCUGGAUGGUUGAUGGGAGCAGCGCUGUCCACCCACACUUCAACACAACGACUACAUAUGCUGGAAGAACAGCAGUGUCAGAGCUGACAGGACCGCGGGCCAGCAACGUGUCCUGUAAGGCGUCUAACGUUGUGGGGACAGACACUUACCAGAUGCCAAUCCUGUGUCCACUGUCAGAAGGAAACACUGGAUUGAUGGUAGCUGCUGUAGUGGCUGUGGUGUGCAUCAUCCUAGGAAUUGCUGUGGCAGCUAUCUGCUUAAAAAAGAGGAACCCGCCCACUCGUGCAUGUGAUUUACUGGAGUCCCGGAACGAUGCUUGCAUCUGAUUGGCUGGCUGUGAUUGCAUGGGGUAUAUCUUCGAAGGCCGCGCUGGAUGUCAUCAAGGCUUUCCUCCAUGGCGACUUGGGGCGAUUGUUUUUAGAUCUGAAUCGCAGCUCAGAAAUGUUUGUUUUAUGGCUAGUGUGUAUUGUCUGUCCUCAUCUCAAAUGAAAUAGCUUAGCUUUACCUCUUGUUCUCUACCCAGUUACCUCUACUGUUUAGCGGUAAGCUCAUGAUCUUUCUCUGUAAACUUUACUCACUCUUAUGCCAACCAGGUUGUAGGAGUGGGUGCCAUUUCUUUUGACCUUGUUUUCUCCUGUUUUUGGUAUAGUCAGGGAGUUGGGGAAGACUGGCUGUAUUUUUGUUUCUUUAAUUGUACAUAGGUAAGUUAGUUCUCUAAAAUCUCUAGCUAGGCUGGCUAUGUUUGUUGUUGCCCACUCUGAUGCUGUCCUGUGUCAUGUAUACAAAAGAGCAGCACAAAAGGAAAAUAACAUGACUUGAUCUGUUCAAACGUCAUCUGGCUCUCUUUUGUCUUUUUUUCAUGUUUUGAUCACCACAAACCCCUAGACAGGUCGUAAUAUACAUUGGGGGCUCGUUCUCUUUUGGUUGUGCUGGGUAGUCGUUGGCUUGGCUGUUUCUUGUGUGUGUGGGGAUGGGUCUUGGGCUGUGAUGUUUCCAUUAAGUGCGUUUAUUAGUGCGCCGUCCGUAGAACAGUUUGAGCUGUGUCGUAACGCUGAUUUAUUGCAACUCGCCCAGCAUUAUGAUAUUGGGUGACGGAGAUUUUGAAUAAA